AUGAAGAAGAAGUCCGAGAUUGGUGAAUCAUCAUCUUCUUCUUCCUCAAACCCCACCGCCGACGCCACCGCUGCAGCCAACGCCGCAACCGCCGCACUUGCUGCCUCUCCGAUAGGCAGCGUCGAAUUUACCACUGACAGUAAUGGUUUAGAGAAGGUUAUUCUUCGUGGUCCUCGUCGCAGUGCCGCUGAGGUGUUUUUGUACGGAGCUCAGGUGAUUUCUUGGAAGAAUAAAUUGGGAGAGGAAUUGCUUUUUGUGAGCACAAAGGCUGUGUUUUCGCCUCCGAAGCCAAUUCGCGGGGGAAUUCCAAUAUGCUUUCCUCAAUUUCUGAACAAUGGAAUGAUCGAGCGGCAUGGAUUUGUAAGAACAAGAUUCUGGAGAAUCGAUUUGGAUCCUCCUCCUCUACCCACCGCCGCUCCUUGCAGCGCUUCUAUCGAUUUGAUUCUCGAUGAACAAGAUCGCUGGACUUGGCCUCACAAAUAUGAAUUUCGUCAUAGAGUUGCAUUGGGAUACGAAGGGGAAUUACGAUUGACGUCGCGUAUUAGAAACAUAAGGCCUGAUGGGAAGCCGUUUUCGUUUACAUUUGCUUAUCAUCCGUAUUUGUUUGUUUCGGAUAUAAGUGAAGUGCGUGUGGAGGGAGUGGAGACGCUCAACUAUCUUGAUCACUUGCGGGAAAAGGAGCGUGUUACUGAACAAGCCGAUGCUAUUACAUUUGAAUCCGAGGUGGACAAGGUGUAUGUAUUAACCCCAACAAAGAUAGCAAUUUUGGAUCAUGAGAGAAAGAAAACUAUUGAACUCCGGAAAGAUGGGCUUUUAGAUGCGAUUGUGUGGAAUCCAUGGGAGAAGAAGUCAAAGGCAAUAGAAGACUUUGGGAACCAAGAUUACAAGCGAAUGGUAUGUGUAGGAGCAGCUGCUAUUGAGAAUUACAUCACACUCAAACCUGGAGAAGAGUGGAAAGGAAGAAUGGAGCUUAAUUUUGUUCCUUCUAGCUACUGUAGCGGCCAACUCGAUCCCCAAAAAGCCCUUAUGGGAGCUUAA